AUGGCAGCCAUUGUUGGCAUCUACUUCCACCUCAAGGACAAGCCAAUAGGUGGGUAUAUGUCAGGAUACCUUCUGACAAUGGCCAACGUCUUUGGAAAGAUCGCCUCUGCAGCCCUCAUUGUACCGACCUCCGAAGCUCUUGGGCAACUGAAGUGGAAAUGGUUUCACGAGUCGAACGCUAUGUGGGACUUCGAGAUCUUUGACAAGGCAUCGAGGGGACCUUGGGGACCAGAUGUCGAUCUCUCGCUGCUUUAG